AUGCGAUGGUUUCAGCAUGCACAUAGUGCCGACACGGCUAUCUGCUACCUGAAUCACCAAGGGGCUCCGAUUGCGGUCAAGAGUCAAGACGGUGAGCAACCAAGUGGUGAUCUUCUCGACGGCGACUCGCACCCCAUGGUCGUGGAUCAAGGCCACUCGGACAAGCCUGCCGAUGAAACAGAUUGCCGAAUGAGCACGUGCGAUCCUCCACAACAUCGUCCAGAUGAUAGCAGUGCACCUGAAGGUCAGCCAGCCGUGAUCACAGCUGAGCUCCUGGAGUCCGAUCCUGAGCCAGGCGCAGAGAGUGCAAAGCUGGUGGGCCAAGGCGGCGUUGAGGCAGAGUUCACUGCACUGCUGACCAGUGGCUUUGAAGAGGCUUCCAGCAACCAGCCGGCCUGCGAUGCCUGCGAUGACGACAUGUCGGACAGUGCGGACGAGGCCGCGGGGGAGGCGGCACCCAAGGAGGAAACGAAGGACGACGAUACCCCCAUGCCUGACUCUUCCGAGGAUGCAGCUACUGCGACUGCAAAAGCAGACGAGAGCGAGACUUUCGCAUCGCCUCCAAAAAUAGGUCGCUCCUCCGUCGCAUCGGGCCAUUCCUCUGCCACUCCCAGGCGCAGAUCUAUCGCAGCCCAAGUUGCAGAGUGCAAGGCCAAAAUCUCUGAGCUUCAAAGGCUCAAGAUGCAGCGGCUAGAAGAAGAGGAUUACAUCGGGGCGCAUGAGGCCAAGCAGGAGAUCCUUGCUCACGAGCAGAACUUGCAGACCCUGCGGCUUGAAGCAAUGCCAACACCGGCGCGAGGGGAGGAACUCAAGGACGAAGAUGUCGAAGGGCGCCGCCUGGAGAACGAGGCUGCAGAGGUCGCAUGGCGCCCCGACCCUGGCGACACGAACCUCGUGAGACUGGAAGCUCUGCAAGCCGAGGGGCCCACUUUUACGUUGACCGUGGACAUCUUCGACCGCCUGUACCCUUACCAGCAGAAGGGAGUGGCAUGGAUGGCCAGGCUUUGGCAGAAGGGGCACGGCGGUGUUCUCGCAGAUGAGAUGGGUCUCGGCAAAACCAUCCAGGUGUGUGCUUUGUUGAACGGUGCGCGCAAAGCGGGUGCAACCCAUGCGCUGCUGCUGAUGCCCGUGACAUUGCUGGAUCAGUGGAGCCGAGAGGCACGGUUGUGGUGUCCAGGUUGGCCUGUGUACACCUACUACGGGACCGCAGCGCAGCGGGCCAAGGCCUUGCGUGGCCUUCGGAGACCUAUGGGAGGUUUGUUGCUGACUUCCUACUCGCUUCUCAGCAACUGCGAAGACCUCCUCGAGGUUCAGGUCGAAGACGUCCCUGAGCCAACUCACCGCCGUGGACGAAAGCCUGGGGGUGAGAAGCCGUCCAAACGCCGGAAAUUGGACGACGACGAUGGCUGCGACGAAGCCUGUGACUCUGAGGAGGAGCCAUUGGAGCCCGAGCUUCCGGGCGGAGAGCUCCCGGCGCUUGGCAGUCGCAGGUCUUGGGAUCUGGUCGUCUGUGAUGAGGCACACAGGAUGAAGAACAUGUCUUCACUGCUGGCCAAGAGCCUUCGCAAGCUCAAGUCAUCUUGUCGCAUCUUGCUCACGGGCACGCCGGUCCAAAAUGCUCUUCAGGACCUAUGGGCCUUGAUGGAUUUUGCGCAGCCUGGGCUCUUGGGCAACCACGCGACGUUUGUCAAGAACUUCAGUGAGCCCAUAGACAAAGGCAGCGUGCGAGGUGCAAAGGUGUGGGCUGUCGAACUGAAGAAACACUUGGCUGAGCAACUUCGGGCACUGAUUCGUCCGCAUCUCCUGCGCCGGACGAAGGUCAAUGCUGGACUCACAGGCGCCUCUGAAGUAGCGGAGGAUGUUGAUUUCGAGGAAGCCGAGAGUGAAGAGAAAGACAUUGAAGGGGUGGUGACCAAGCUUCCCAGCAAGAGGGAGACUAUCGUCUGGCUGGUUCCUAGUGACGAGCAGAAGGCUGCGUACAAGAAGGUGCUGGAGGACAGCGAAGUCAUCAAGGAAGCGUGUGUGAAGUCCAAGCUGGGCAUCGAGGUCUUCCGAGCAAUCGGCCUCUUGAAGCGCCUUUGCAACCAUCCGCUUCUGUUGCUGCCGAUGCCAACGGUAAAGGACUGGGCAAACCUUCUACAAGAGGUGCAAGCUUCGGCAGAGGAGCAAGAAGCCACCAAUGAGACUUCAGAUGAGCAGAAGGAGGAUGGCACCGCGACGGAGACGGCAGAUCAGCAGGACGAUGCCCAGUGCGGCCAAGACGUGGAGUCACUUUUGAAAGCCUUGUCGCGAAGCCAUCAGGACGUGCUGCUGCAGAGCUCCAAGCUUCAGUGCUUGGCCAGACUGUUACCCGAGCUGGCGUCCCAAGGCCACCGCACCCUGGUUUUUUCACAGAGUGUCAAGAUGCUCGACCUGGUCCAGAUCUGCUGCUUGAAGCCCCAUGGCCUUCGAUGUCUGCGGAUAGACGGGCAAACAGAUGCCCAGGCACGAGCUGAAAAGGUGUCGAAGUUCAACAACCAGCCAGAUCGCUUCCAGUGUAUGCUGUUGUCCACGGCUGUGGGUGGCGUUGGCCUGAAUUUGACGGCCGCCGACCGCGUGGUGAUCGUCGAUCCUGCUUGGAACCCUGCAACCGAUGCACAGGCCGUAGACAGGGCGUAUCGCAUUGGGCAGAACAAGGAGGUGAGAGUCUACCGCCUCAUCAUGAGUGGCCUCAUCGAAGACAAGAUGUUCCGUUUACAGGUGUUCAAGAUGGGACUUACUCGAACUGCUCUUGAAGCUGAUCAGCAGCACCGUUACUUCACGGCCUUGCUGACAUGA